AUUUAAUAUUGCCGUUUAUGGGAAGCAGUUGUGUCUUCAGCACGCCAGCGUCAACUCCAAUCUGACCGAGAUGUCAUCAACCGAUAUAGCAGGAAACUUGGAGCCUACUAUGAUGGAGGCUGUGCUUCAAAUGCAGAAUCAAGAAUUAGCUGUUCAGAGAGUGCUUAGGUGCCAUGCCCAGCCUGCCUUGCCAAAGGGUGAAAACUACCUGUCCAGGGUCAGUAGGAUAACACUGGAUGUGGUGCUUGGUAAUGGCAGAAAAUCGCAGAAGGACUUGAUCUUGAAGGAAGUACCACUUGAGAAAAACAAUUUUGAAUUUGUCCACAAUUUGGGUGUCUUCAAGAUAGAAACUGAUAUUUACACACAAAUCCUCAAGCAGAUGGAGGCACUGAUGGACGAGUAUCAUGAAACUGAAGAUUUUCUCUGGUGCAAGCUCGUAUCCUACCAACCUUAUACUUCUAUUCUUUUAGAGGAUCUGAAGGUUAAAGGAUUUAUAAUGAGUCGUCGUCAAUCCUGCUUGGAUCUUGAACAUGGGCAUCUGGUGUUACACAGCCUAGCCAGGUUUCAUGCCAUGUCCAAGAUCCUUGAGGAGCGAGGGGUUAUUAAUGGUAAGGACUACAAGCCAUAUGCGAUUGUCAAUGACAAGCAACUUAUUGAAAGGUUGGUUUACAAUGGUCUCCAAAACCUCAGCAAAGCGAUGCAUCAAUCCUGGGGAUCAGCCUGGCACAGAGUGGCUAACAAACUUAUUAUGCCUUUGGAAGUUUUUCAAAGUAAAAUGAUAGACAUAGGGAAAUUAGAUGAAUCUAGAUUUAAUGUACUCAACCAUGGGGAUUGUUGGUCAAACAAUAUGUUAUUCAAAUAUGACUGGAGUAAUCGUCCCAUCGCAGUCAGGUUCCUUGACUUCCAGGUCAGCCAUUACAACUCACCUUGUUGGGACCUAACCUACUUCAUGUUUGCCUCUAUUGAACCCAAGCUCCGGCGUGCGCAUUAUGACAGUCUCCUGAGAACAUAUACAAACAGCCUGUUGUCUACGCUCCAAAAGUAUCAUUAUUCUGGAAGGCAACCAACUUAUGAAGAAAUAGCAGCUGAAAUGGAGAGGAUUGCUUUUUUCAGGCUGGCACUUGUUGGAGUAUUUCAUCCUGUGAUGACUGCUGAGGGAACAGAUGCCAUGGAUCUUGAAAAAGUCUUAGGUUCUGACGGUUCUGAUGGCUUUAACGAACACCUCUACACCUCUGAUAUCUUUAAAGAAAGGAUGGGGCCUGAAUUUCUCAAACUAGAAGAGCAAGGCCUUAUAUAGAAAAAUGUUGUUAAAUUAAUAUGCUAAUAAAAUGUUUUCAAUUA